AUGCCAGGGGAAUGUGCAGAAACUGGGAAUGCACUUCUUACUCCGAAUAACCGUUCGCAUUCUAGAAAGCGCAAAGGUAAAAGACAUGCUGAAAUGAAAAUCCCAAGAGUACGAAAAAGAAAUACUCUAAAGUCUUACGUUACAGAGGUCUUGGUCUCGGACUCCGAGAUAGGAGACCUAGAUUCAAUUCUGGAAGGUGCACCUCGCAGCAAGAUGCAAUGCCAAGACCAAAACACAAGAUCCAGAGGUGAAAACGUAUUAAAUGUAGCCUCAACAGCUCCUCCGUCGGAGAACAUCAUUAUGAGCUUAGAUAUGUCUACUGGUUCCUCCAAAGAGCCACAAAUUACUUUGACAAUACCAGCUGCUUUCAAAAAAUAUAAUAUUACUAUCAUUCACGGAAACACCACUUCAAACUAUACAGUCAAUGGUGAAGCCAUUGCUCCCACACCUCGACACGCACCAGAGGAGAUUUCGUUUAAUGCUUUCAAGAAUCUCCCUGUAAAUCCAACAGCAAGCGAACAAUUCUCGAAGUGGGGAUCGAUGGGUUGACUGUCAAGCGUCUGCGAACAUACAAUGCGCAAAGUAGUCAGUCAUCCUUUGUCAAAGGAUUGAAAGUAGGGUUGUAGUCGAUGUGAUCCCAGGUUUUAUACGGAAUAAAAAAAAAUCACCAACGGAUGGGGGUCACCUUGAUUAUAAAUCGGCUCAAUAUAUCCUUCAAAUCUGAAUGUUCAACAUCACUCUUUCAAUUCCAAGCUUUUCACCUUUUCUUUUUGGUCUUCAGAAUCAACAUCUCCAUUUACCUAGGUACUACAAGUUUUCCUCCUCUGCGGUCGAUUCAAGUAUAUGCGUGAUCAUACAUGAUUAAGCACCACCAAGGAUAUAUCUCUAGUUCUACGCAUCUUACUUUCUUUUGAACAAAAGCAUUUUUGAAAAAACAGAAAUCGAGUACGACCUUUGUGACACUUUUUCUCAGGGGAGGUAUUGCGUGGAAGAAGAACAUUGAGUAGAACUCAGAUGGAGAAAGUUAGGUUAAACUUGAUAAAACCCCUUUCCUCAAUCUGAUGUAUCUGGUGCUUUGCCUUCUUCUUGAACGUAAACAUGAUAAUAGUGGUACAUCCUGAAACUUCAUCAUCGU